GGUGAAAAAUUUGGCCCCUUUGCAGGGGAGAAGCGAAUGCCGCAGGAACUGGAUGAGGACACAGACUGCAGGCUCAUGUGGGAAGUUCGUGGGAGUAAAGGUGAGGUCCUUUAUAUCCUGGAUGCAAGCAAUCCACGCCAUUCUAAUUGGCUGCGUUUUGUCCAUGAGGCUCCAUCACAGGAACAGAAGAACCUGGCAGCCAUUCAGGAAGGAGAAAAUAUUUUCUAUCUGGCUGUGGAAGAUAUUGAAACAGACACAGAACUUCUGAUUGGGUACUUGGACAGUGACAUGGAAGAAGAAGAGGAGGAAGAAGAAGAAGAAGUAACUGUUAUCCAGGAAGAUGAAAACAGUGGCAACAAUAAAGAGGUGCAACCAGCUGGUGAAAAAAUAGCAGAUCCCCUCACCUCUAAAGAGGACCAUGCAUGCCCAAACUGUGAAUCCAGUUUUGCCAGUCAGGAGAUACUAGCUGAACAUCUUCAGACUUUGCACCAAAAACCCAGCGAAGAAAAGGAAUUUAAGUGCCGAAACUGUGGAAAGAAAUUCCCUGUUAAACAAGCUCUACAAAGACAUGUACUUCAGUGCACAGAGAAUAUCAGCCCAGGAGACUCUUCAAGAAGUUUUCAGUGCUCUGUUUGCAAUACUUCCUUCAGCUCAGAAUCGAGUUAUGAACAGCACAAGGAGGCAUGCAGAGGGGAUGCCAGAUUCAUAUGCAAGGCAGACAGCUGUGGGAAGAGGUUCAAGAGUAAGGAUGCCCUGAAAAAACAUAAAGAAAAUGUUCACAGUGGAAAUUCUAGGAAGAAGCUGAUGUGUUCAGUGUGCAAUAAGAAAUGUUCCUCAGCGACAAAUCUCCAAGAGCAUCGAAAGGUCCAUGAGAUCUUUGAGUGUCAGGAAUGUGACAAGAAAUUUAUUUCAGCUAACCAGCUAAAACGCCAUAUGAUAACUCAUUCAGAAAAACGCCCCUACACCUGCGAGGUUUGCAAUAAGUCCUUCAAACGACUUGAUCAAGUGACUGCACACAAAAUAAUACACAGUGAAGAUAAACCUUAUAAAUGCAAGCUUUGUGGAAAGGGAUUUGCCCACAGAAAUGUUUACAAGAAUCACAAGAAGACCCAUUCUGAAGAGAGACCGUUCCAGUGUGAGGAAUGCAAAGCUUUGUUCCGAACCCCAUUCUCUCUACAAAGACAUCUGUUAAUCCACAACAGUGAGAGGACCUUCAAGUGUGAUCAUUGUGAUGCUACUUUCAAAAGAAAGGACACGUUAAAUGUUCAUAUUCAAGUUGUACAUGAUGGACAUAAGAAAUACAAGUGUGAUCUCUGUGACAAAGCUUUUGUGACACCCUCAGUCCUGAAGAGUCAUAAAAAAACUCACACAGGAGAAAAAGAGAAGAUUUGCCCAUAUUGCGGACAGAAGUUUGCGAGCAAUGGAACCCUGAGAGUUCAUAUUCGAAGCCAUACAGGUGAGCGUCCUUACCAGUGUCCUUACUGUGACAAAGCCUUCAGUAAGAAUGAUGGAUUGAAGAUGCAUAUUCGCACCCACACAAGGGAAAAGCCAUACCAGUGUUCAGAGUGUAACAAGGCUUUCAGUCAAAAGCGAGGCUUGGAUGAGCACAUGAGAACCCACACCGGAGAGAAGCCGUUUCAGUGUGAUGUUUGUGAUCUGUCCUUCAGCCUGAAGAAAAUGCUGAUCCGACACAAGCUGACUCACAACCCCAAUCGACCGAUGGCAGAAUGCCAGCUUUGCCACAAGAAGUUUACAAGAAAUGACUACCUCAAAGUGCACAUGGAAAAUGUACAUGGAGAAACCGACAGCUAA